AUCAGCUGGUUUGCUGUGAGCAGCACCUGUCGGUUUUAUUUUUUUCGGAAGCUAGUGCUCGCAUCUUGCAGUCCGAUGCCUGGACUUUAGUGAGAGGGAGUCCGGUUCCGAUCCAGUUCAUGGUACUGUGAACCGUCUCUGCGUUUKCGUCUCCAGUGAAAUGUCGUCGCUUGAAUCGAACGGAACCUCCAGUCACCUCAAUGAGUUUGAGAAACUGUCGUGGCGGCCCUCUGUCCGCGAUUCAGGCUCCAAGAAGCGAGCACGAUGGCUUCAGGCUCGGCGCAUCUUCUCCCCAAACGGCCUCAACCUCCGGAUCCCCAACAGGUUCCUGAAAGAAGGACACUGCAUACCCUCUGCYCGCAGUGGACACCGCUGUGUUGCAGACAGCUCUAACCUGUACGUGUUUGGAGGCUACAACCCCGACUUCGAGGAAGCGGGCGGGUCAGAGAAUGAGGACUACCCUCUCUUCAGGGAACUCUGGCGGUUUCAUUUCGCCACAGCCACCUGGCAGCAGAUCCGCACAGAGGGCUACAUGCCCACUGAGCUGGCGUCCAUGUCGGCUGUAUUGCACGGCAACAACUUGCUUGUGUUUGGUGGCACUGGGAUUCCCUUUGGUGAAAACAACAGCAACGACGUCCACGUCUGCAACGUCCAGUACAGACGGUGGAACCUGCUGAACUGCAAGGGGAAGAAACCAAAUAAGAUCUAUGGACAGGCGAUGGUCAUUAUAAACGGCUACCUGUAUGUGUUUGGAGGCACGACGGGCUACCUUUACAGCACCGACUUGCACCGGUUGGACCUGAGCACCAGGGAGUGGACCCACCUCAAGCCCAAAAACGCACCGUUAGAUCUACCCGACGAGAGGUACAGACACGAGCUGGCUCAAGACGGACAGAGGAUAUACAUUUUAGGAGGUGGAACCUCAUGGAUGUCAUAUCCGUUAGAUAAAAUUCAUGCAUAUAACCUGGAGACUAAUUACUGGGAAGAAAUUGUAACCAAACCCCAUGAAAAAGCAGGUUAUCCUGCUGCUCGCAGGUGUCACAGUUGUGUUCAGGUCAAAGACGACGUGUUUAUAUGUGGAGGUUAUAACGGCGAGCUCAUCCUGUCAGACUUGUGGAAGAUAAACCUUCAGACCUUUCAGUGGACAAAGCUGCCCGCCAUGAUGCCGGAACCGGCCUACUUUCACUCUGCUGCUGUCACUCCGGCCGGCUGCAUGUACAUCCACGGCGGUGUUGUCAACAUGUCUGGGAACCAAAGGACUGCCUCUCUGUAUAAAGUGUGGCUAGUGGUGCCCAGUCUGCUGGAAAUGACCUGGGAGAAGCUGUUGAAAUUGUUCCCUCACCUAACGCAGCUGUCCGCCCUUCAGCUGCUGAGCCUGGGACUGACACAUUCACUAAUUCAGAGGCUCAAAUAGGCUGAACACACAGACCAACCGACCAGAGCAGGACGGAGACUGACACUAAAGUUGGUUGUAAGUAGGUCAAAGGGAAAAUAUUUUUGCCGUUGUUCUUUUCUGUUAGAAAUUCAAAUGUACAUCCAAGGCAGUGAAGUUUUGCACAUGUAAAACUUGUAAUUUAAAACCUCCGUGCACCUUCCUUUCUGUGUCCCAGAAACGUGUAAAAUAGGUAAAUGCAAAAAAAAAAAAAAACCAGUUCAGACAAACUAAAUACGACUGCAGGCAGUGUGAUUUAACAUUUAGCUGUUUUCUGCACCCAGCUGCAGUGCUGAAUCUGAUGAGAUUCCUCACUUUGACCACAUUUUCCAGCAGAUCAAAUCUGCAUCUGGUUUAUACGUGCCCGGUUAGGAACCAAUUGUCAGUAAAUAAUUCUCCACUGAACACAAAUCUGAGAUGCCUUCAAAGACGUCCAACUGGGACAGUUAUUCAAGAAGCUAUGAUGUGUUUUGCUAUUGAGCAUUUCAAACUGAAAAAUGAUCCAUUAAUUCGCAACGUUUUGCUUCUGUGAUCAGAGGAAAACCCAGCAGCCUCUUUUUAAAGGCUCACUGUGAAACGUCUGGUGCCUCUACAACCAUUUCAUUUCCGCUGGGUUCCUACACAUUUCCAGACUCAAAUUUCCAGAUUUUUCUGCUCAAUGCUUUUAGAAUUAUGAAGCAAAGCUUCAGUAGUGGAGUAAAGGGCUAUUCCACUACCUUUUAAGCGACUAAUUUGGGGCUAAAUGUAGUUCUUUAGAACACAAUUUGGGAACUUGUACACUUCAUUCUGUUAUGCCUAAACCUGGCCUACUUUAAGAGUUUAACUUAAACCCACAAAAGUAGUAAAAUGGAUCCUUUUUGAUUCUGUUUACUCGCCUAUUUGUUUCCCCAUCACUACUCAAUUAGUGAUGGGGAAAAUCUAAGAUAAAAUAAAGAUUCCAAGAAUUUUUAUUUUUUUUAUUUUCUGAUAUUUUAAAAACUAGUAAAAAAGUCUGGAAACUGAUUUUUUUUUUUCUGUUCUUAGUUUUCUGUUACAUUUUUUAGAUGUGGAAAUAGGAACCCAGGAUCUUGGAGGUGAAUUUGCACAUGAUAUCCACCACAUUUCUGUUAUUUUCCUCUAUGUAUUUGGUGCCUUUUCAUCCCUCAAACUUCAGAUUAUUCAAACUUUACUUGUGUUUUCAGAAAGGAUAUGAAUUUAUUUUGAACCACGGCGAUGGUGCUCCACACUUGAGCCUUCAGAUGCUGUUCCUGGUACUUCAGGACGAACUCCAGCAUAAAUUUUUUAAUUAUUUAUUUUAAACACUGUGCUGCUCAUUUCAUCAACUGGUGACGAUGUGUCCUGUAUUGUUUGCCUCUUUUUUUCCUGAUCCCAUUUCCAGUUUUUGCAUUGUAACACGCUGUACCGUUUAUGUUCAGUCACUCAUUAGGUGGUGUUGGCAUCUUAAGCUGCUGUGUAAUUCUGCAGUCCUCGUCAGUGUGUGUGACGUACUCAGGAUAUUAAAAACUGUGACAGGUGUGAAGUGCUCUGCAGAAAAACCAAACGUAGGAAAACUUGGAGUUAAUUGGGCGAUACUGUGUUGAUGUUUCCAGACAGGCCUUUUGUCACAAAAACUGUUACUGUUGAUGAUUUUUGAAUUGUUUUAACCCCCCUCUUUUUUUUUUUCUUUUUUUUUUGAGAUUUUGUGGCCUUAUUUAUGCUUGAAGCUCAAAUGUAUCAGCCUGAUGAAGUUUUAAUUCUGUCUGUGAAAGUGAAAUGUUCUGCUUGCAUAUGAUCUGCAUGUCGCUUUGUACAGAAUCCUCUGGGGAACAAGUGAAUGUUUCCUCAGAGGAAAAUAUGGCUGCAUCGUUUUGUAACUCUUGUUCUCUGGUCUGUGCAAAAUAAACAGGCAGCUGUGAUUUUUUUUUUUUUUU